AUGUGCACAGAUGCCGGCGGCGGGAAGCGGCCGCAGUGCACGAACAGUGAGCGAAAUCAGCGCAAGAAGCCAAACGUGAACUCCCUCGUUCCCACCAUCAGGAAGGGGCUGGGAAAGGGCGGCGCCAAGCGCCACCGCAAGGUCCUCCGCGACAACAUCCAGGGCAUCACCAAACCGGCCAUCCGGAGGCUUGCUCGCCGUGGCGGCGUCAAGCGCAUCUCGGGGCUCAUCUACGAGGAGACCCGUGGCGUGCUCAAGAUCUUCCUCGAGAACGUCAUCCGCGACGCCGUCACCUACACCGAGCACGCCCGCCGCAAGACCGUCACCGCCAUGGACGUCGUCUACGCGCUCAAGCGCCAGGGACGCACCCUCUACGGCUUCGGAGGCUGA